AGGAGCGCGUCGCGUUCACCAUCGAGGACGUCGACAUCACUCCCGCCGUGGCCCCCGCUGCCGUCGAGUAUAAAUACAACAAUGGCGACCCCGCUGCUCUUGACCAUCUUCUUGCAUUUGAAUGCGCAUCUUGUUCUCCGUCAUGACCAAACGAGCGAGAGCUAGCACCAUAAAUUCGCAGUCUUCUUUACCUGGCAAGAUGCAAGUAUCAACCUCUGCCUCACCUACGAAGAAGACGCGUAGAGACAUCAAGUUUCUACCUAACAAGGUUGCUACGGUGGAGAAUGCAACGAAGGCCGACAAGAAUCCGCCUCUGUUCCAAUUAGAGCACGUCCUGAAGAUAUGUUCAAAAGUUCAGCCUGCAAGCAAAGGCGAGGCAGUUGUUUAUUGGAUGAGGAUGGAAGACUUGAGAAUUCACGAUAACAGGGCCUUUUCUCUUGCGUCGGCGCAAGCAGUAAAGGACAAUGCGCCUCUACUAGUCCUUUUCGUUUUGAGCCCGCAAGACUACAUUGCUCAUGAUAGGAGUGCUCGCCGAAUUGACUUCACUCUGCGCAACUUGCGAGUGAUGAAAGAUACGCUCGCGAAGCAACAUAUUCCCCUCUACACCAUCACACAUUCCCCUCGCACCACUCUUCCUGACCGUGUGCUCUCCGUGUUGGCUGAAUGGAAAGCCAGUCAUCUUUUUGCCAAUAUCGAGUAUGAAGUAGACGAACUUCGUCGUGAUAUCAAAGUUUGCGAACUUGCCAAUCAGUCAGGUCAGGUACAAUGUACGUUCGUACAUGACAAAUGUGUCAUCAAUCCAGGUAAAGUCACCACCAAGGAAAAUAAGGCUUACGCGGUUUAUUCGCCGUUUCUGCGCGCAUGGCUUCCUCACAUAACGGAUAAGCCUGAUCCACUAGCCUGCGCCCCAGAUCCAAAGCCAAAUGACCUUUCAAUUCACAAACUUGCGAUAUAUUCAGGGCUCUUCGACUCCUCAGUGCCAGCUUUUGUCGAAGGAUUCGAGCUUAAACUUGAGGACGCUGAACAGAUGCGCACUUGCUGGAAAGAAGGCGAGGACGUGGCCCAUGCGAUGUUGUCGCGGUUCUUGCACACGAGGUCUCGUGCUUCCCAGAUGGGUGCUGUGGAUCCUCUUACGGAAGGUGUGAAGGAACCACAGAAGGAGCAAAGCAAGAACAGUAGGGUCGUCAAGUAUAAGGAUGAGAGAGAUCGUGUCAAUGCUGAUACUACCAGUCGCUUGAGCCCGUACCUCGCAGCUGGUAUCAUCUCAGGGCGUGCAUGCAUCCGCGCCACGAUGGAAUUAUCAAACGCGAAGAAAGUAGAUGCCAGUCGUGAUACCGGCAUCGGUCGUUGGGUGCAAGAGAUUGCGUGGCGCGAUUUCUACGUUCACGUCCUCGCACACUUCCCUCGCGUCUCAAUGGGUAGACCUUACCAAGAGAAGUUCUCCAAUGUCCAGUGGGAAACCAACGAAGAACAUCUCCAGGCCUGGAAAGAUGGUCGCACUGGCGUGCCUAUCGUUGAUGCUGGCAUGCGUCAGGCGAAUAAGAUGGGUUGGAUGCAUAAUCGUGUUCGGAUGAUUGUCGCCAUGUAUCUGGUGAAGGACUUGAUGAUUGAUUGGAGGUUGGGCGAAAAGUAUUUUAUGGAGAUCCUGAUAGACGGAGAUCUUGCUUCUAACAAUGGAGGAUGGCAGUGGAGUGCGAGUACCGGAGUGGACCCUGUCCCGUACUUCAGGAUCUUCAAUCCAUACAUCCAGAGUCACAAAGCUGAUCCCACUGGAGAAUAUAUCAGAUACUUUGUUCCUGAAUUGGCCAAGGUCAAAGGAAAGGGUGAGAACUUUAUCUUACGUUGCACUGAUGUACUGACGGCAACUUGCCAGAGGUGCAUGAACCACCUUCAAAGGUUGCCGAAAAGCUUGGAUAUCCUACACCUUUCGUGAAACACUCAGAAGCCAGGGAUAGAGCCAUGCGACGGUAUAAAACACCAGGGGAAAAGUAGUGAAAUUACCUCAAGGGCCCGUCAGAUAGACUUCGCUUUGUGUUCGUGUCCGGUCGAAAGGUAUCGUGGUAUGUUAUGCUGAUGGAACUGGGUAAUAUACAGUCUUGGUAGCCCUUUAAUCAUCCAAAUCGAAAUCAAAAUCCUCAUCAUCCCGUCCUCGUAUUUGCUGCCGGACAGCAGGCCUGGCACCGUAGACAAAUUGAGAGCCACUGGCUUCUGCUUUCUCAAUGACGCCAAUAUGUAGAAGCUUCCAUUCCAAUGUCGCAGUUUCGAAGUCGUCAGAGUUGCCGAGGUCUUCGAAGCCGAUAAUACUGGUGAAGAAGUACCUCAGUUAUACUCAUACAGUGAGAAUGUAAUGUGAAUGGUGCAUACCG